ACGCGCCAAGAUGAUUUUAUUUCUUUAAGUGUUUGUAGGUUAGUUUUUGGAUAAUUAUUUUUGUUGUUACCUGUUAUUCUAUUCAAUUGCAUUGCAAUAAUUUCCCGUUGAUAAUAUUGUAUUUUUAUUUAUGUUUUUCUUAGGUUUAUCAGGUUUUAUUUCAGAUGAAAAUGGCACAACAGAUUGUUGUAAAAGAUGAAUUUUGGAAUCCUCAUAAAGUACUUCACGAAAAUAUCACUCUACUGUUGAAUUUCCAUUCUGCUCCAGAUGAAUUGAAAAGUAUUAUCAAAGAGAAUAUGUUCAAGCUGCCCAACCAAAAAGGUUUCUUCGCAGUAACAAACUAUAUCAACAGCAUCAUUGAUAAAGAAAAAUGGAAUUCAAUCAUUUCCUGGCCUGUAAUAAAUAAAAAAGAUGAAAUGAAAUUCAGAAGAGCUGUUGUAAAGUUUACUGCUGAUUUGAAUGCGUUAUACGAUGUGACUGUAGUACCAACGUUGAAUCCAUCGGUUCUUAUGUCUCCAGGGGGGCCGCAAGUGGCUCGAUUCAUACUCAAGUUAUCAGAAUAUGCAAUCAGGAAAUACAUGGAAAAAAGCCUUGGUCUUGAGAAUACAUUGCAAUGCUUGAAAAAUAAUAUCCCAAAUAGUAUAUUCCUGAAGUCAGAAACUCUUUCUCAACACAAAAAUGUUCAAUGCUUGAAGCAUUUGGAGGUGAUGAAGAAAAAUAUGAAUUAUGGUCUUAAACAACGAAAACAUAUGCAGCAACAAAUUUUGAAAAUGCGAGCAUCAAAUGAUGAUUUAGAACGACAAAUAAUUUUAGAAAAACCUGAAAAUAACUCGAAUGAAUGUAUAGAACAAUGGACCAGUGAGUUGAAUAAGCGAAUCGAAAAAAGUCAAAGUGAUGUUGAUUAUCUUGCUGGAAUUGAUAAUUCGGUCAAUAGAUAUCACGAGGCUGCGAAUUUAGUUUUGGAGAAGGACGCGAGUAAUUUUAUUUUGGAUGGCUCCAAAAUAAUGAUGUCAUCGACAGAUAAUAAUAAGACAUCUUCUGCUGAUUUGACAAGUUUUUUUAAAACUAGUGCUGCAAUCGCUCGCAGGUUGGCAUUAAAAUUAAAAUCAUCUGAGUCGACACCGGAAGAUUCUGAUCUCACAAGUUCUAUCUUGAGAAUAGAAACCGAAGUAUCCCUAGAAGCAAUGAAAUUAGAAUUACUCGAAAAGGAUACAUUGAGCCUUAGAGCGGAAUCACAAAAAGCCAUCAAUGAGCUUGAACCAAAAGCUUUUUCUUGUGUCAUUGAUGAAGAGAAAAUACCUGCCGAAUUCAAAAACUAUGCAGCAUCACCGGCAUUGAACUUUGCCAAAACAGACACUAGUGCAAAACGUCUACCGAUCGCAUGUCCAGUCAAAGGAAAUAAUAUUCUAGAUUGGGUCCAAAAGAAUAUAUUCGAGGAAGUUGAGAAAGUGCCGAGUAAUAGAAAUACACCUAUAAAACGCGACCAUAUUUCUCUUAUUCCAAAGAAAGGGUUGAUUGUGAAGAAAACUAUUGGAUUAGGCGUGCAAUCGACACAAGUGCAAUCUCCAGUUCGGGUUCAACGCAAUCUUGGAAAACUGACAGAAACUCCGAAAAGAAACUCAUUUGGUCCGGUUCGGAGAUUGAUCCAGGACGUUGAGGUUGAAACACCGGAACGAGAGCCCCUAAAAGAUGAGGAUAGCAUUGUACUGCCACACAAUCUGUCAGUGAGCACAGCGUCUCCUUGCAACACUUCGACGUAUGACUCUCCCGACUCGCCAGCCGCUGGCACAUGUUGGCAACACUGCCUGGCCACUGCCAAGUCGUCGACUGUCGGAUCGAAUGCGGCGUCGUCCAUCGCUUGGGCCGGCGAGAAUGACAACGACAUCUUCAGUUCAACGCCCUUCAUGAUCAAUCACAGUGUUUGCAGCUCAACCGGUGAACACCAAUCGCAGGACAUGUGCCUGUCUUCACCGUCAGGGGCCGUACAUCUACCAGCAGACAUGUGUUCAACAAGCAAUAGACAUCGAAAAAUGAGGCCUUCGAUUGAGAAUAUCGUCGCGCGCUACCAAGCCUUCAAACGUAAUAAACAGGAAAAAAGCGAUGAAUAAUCAAUAGGACACUCACCUAUUAAAUUUAUAGAAAUGUAUCUUUUUAGAUGAACUAAUUUAUUAUUGAUUAUGUGCCAAUUCUAAUAUUAUUGUAUGCCUAAUUUCCAUUUUAGUUGAAUAUUUGUUAAUAAAUUCUCCUGCUUUUAUCAUUAAUGACACUUUUAUUAUGUUUUCUGUGAAAAAUAAAGUUUAUUACUAUUAUUUU